AUGGUCUCCGCAUCGAAGGCUGCCCGUGAGGCAAAGCGCGCUGCCGAGGGCAAGCCCAAGAAGACGCUCGCCUCCAAGGCUUCCUCCAAGAAUGCCUCCAUGGCUUCGUCCGUAAACGGCGACGCUGCUGAGGACCUCGAGCUCAACGAGGAAGUCCGCAAGCUCACCAUGCAGGAGGACAAGCACGGUCUAUCCGACCGUGUCACUACUGGUGUCCUCGCCUCUCUCCCGGCGUCUCGCGACGUCAAGAUCACAUCGGCCUCGCUUGUGUUCCACGGAAAGGUUCUGUUCAACGACACCACCCUCGAAGUCACCUACGGCCGCCGCUACGGUCUGUUGGGUGAGAACGGCUGCGGAAAGACCACCCUUCUUAAGGCCAUCGACGCCCGCGAAUUCCCCUUCCCCGAGCACAUCGACAUUUACCUGCUGAACAAGGGUGCUCCCAAGACCGAAUUGGGCGCCCUUGAGUGGGUUGUCCGCGAGGCUGAGAACGAGCUGGCCCGUCUCGAGAAGCUCGCCGAGGAGAUCCUCGAGAAGGAUGGCCCUGAGGCUCAGCAGCUUGAGGACAUCUAUGAGCGUCAGGAGAGCAUGGACCCGUCUACCUUCCACGUUCGCGCCUCCCUCAUUCUGACCGGUCUCGGUUUCAACAAGAAGACCAUCACCAAGAAGACCAAGGACAUGUCCGGUGGAUGGCGUAUGCGUGUCGCUCUCGCUAAGGCUCUGUUCGUCAAGCCUGCUCUUUUGCUUCUCGACGACCCCACUGCUCAUUUGGACUUGGAAGCAUGUGUGUGGCUGGAGGAGUACAUGAAGAAGUGGGACCGCACCCUCAUCCUCGUCUCUCACUCCAUGGAUUUCCUGAACGGUGUCUGCACAAACAUGAUUGACAUGCGCAUGAAGCAGCUCCUCUACUACGGAGGUAACUACGACUCUUACCACAAGACCCGUUCUGAGCAGGAGGUCAAUCAGACCAAGGCCUACGAGAAGCAGCAGGACGAGAUCAAGCACAUCAAGAAGUUCAUUGCCUCCGCCGGUACAUAUGCCAACUUGGUCAGGCAGGCCAAGUCUCGCCAGAAGAUUCUCGACAAGAUGGAAGCAGAUGGUCUUAUCGAGCCUGUCCAGGUUGACAGGGUCUUCUCUUUCCGUUUCGCCGAUGUCGAGAAGCUGCCCCCGCCUGUGCUGUCGCUUGACGAUGUCACCUUCUCCUAUGACGGCAACCCGGAAAACAACCUGUACGAGAACCUCGACUUUGGUGUUGACAUGGAUUCCCGUACCGCCCUAGUCGGACCAAACGGUGUCGGAAAGUCGACUCUGCUCAACAUUUUCACUGGCAAGCUCAGUCCUACAAGCGGUGUUGUCUCGCGUCACACUCACUUGAAGCUCGGUGUCUACUCCCAGCACUCUGCUGAGCAGCUCGACCUGACCAAGUCUGCUCUCGACUUCGUCAAGGACAAGUUCUCCCACAUCAGCCAAGACUACCAGUACUGGCGCCAGCAGCUUGGUCGCUUCGGUAUGACCGGUGAAGCUCAGACAUCGAAGAUGGCCACUCUGUCCGACGGCCAGAAGUCUCGUAUUGUUUUCGCCCUCCUAGCUAUCGAGGGUCCCAACAUGUUGUUGCUUGACGAGCCUACCAACGGUCUUGAUAUUCCUACUAUUGACUCUCUGGCCGAUGCCAUCAACGCUUUCAGCGGUGGUGUCGUCGUCGUCUCCCACGACUUCCGUCUCCUCGACAAGAUUGCCAAGGACAUCAUGGUCUGCGAGCACAAGACAGUCCGCAGAUGGGACGGCUCGAUCGGCGAGUACAAGAACCAUCUCCGCAAGAAGAUGUCGUCGACCGGUGUCCUUUCCUAA